GGCUCAGCGUGGGAGAUGUGGGAGGAAAAGGGAGCCCACGGCCUGGGUCCUGGGAAGGGGCAGGCCAGGCAAGGCAGAGGGAGUGGGGAAGGGGGGGGCAUCGGCCCACGUGCUGGUGGGGGACAGGGGAACAAUGGGGCCUUUGGUGAUUGUGCAGGAUCCCCCCCCCCCCCCACCCAGCUUCCCAGCGUGUCCCCUCUGCGGGCUGGAUCCGGGUGGCUGCUUGGGGGCGGGGCGGGGGGCCCUGAAUGGGCCCCUUGUCUCAACGCUGGGUGUGGGCCAGGCUCCCCGGGCACACUAUGCCCUCGCCAGGCCUGGCCAGCCUCCGUGGCCUCCACCCCCAGCUGGCUGACGCUAGGCCCCUGCGGGUGAGCAGGCCCCUCCCUGACAGCCUCAGCUCCCGUCCCAGGCGGAAGAGGCAGGUGGGGAGAAGGACCCCAUCUAGUGGAGAGGCAGGGAAGCAGCAGCCGCCACUCGGGAGGGCCCCGGCCUGAACUCGCGGGGACCUACUGAGCGCGGGAUCCUGGAGGCUGACUUGGGGUUUGGACUCCCUGCCCUGUGGCUCCCUAGAUUUAUGACUUCGGCAGACUCUCCUGGUUUCCCCGAAUCUCAGCUUCCUCCUGGGUGAAAUGGCCCUGACAAGAAUGCCUACCUGAAGGGCAGCUGGGAGGGGUUACAUGGCUCAUACAUGGGAAAUGCCCUAGGAGCACCAGGGAUGUGUUCACUAACUGUGAGUUUCCCUUCCUUGGAUUUGGGGGAAAGAAGGUCGAGGGCACAGGGAUUGGCUCUGGGGGUCCUGGAAGGGCCUCGGGGGUUGGGGUCAGGGCCAGGCAGACUCUCACAAUGGUCUAGAACUCUCUCGCCCUCUGGGUUCUCAUCCACUUUUGUCUCCUCUCCCUGUCUCAGGGAGGGGAGGAAGGACCUAGGAUUACUCACUGUAGGGAUCUUUCCUCCUGGAUUCCUAUUUCUUUCUUCACUGCUGUGCCUGAAGUUCCCCAGAGACCCCUUAGGUGGCGGCCACUGGCCUGCAGCCUCUCCCCUCCCCGUCCCCACUGAAUUAAAUGCUAUUUCUGCCCCCUUCUUGGGGCUCGUGUAAGCGGGAGAAAUGGCAGUGGUUAUUAAGUUCUUCCGAUGGAUUUGGCAAAAGAUUAGCCGCUGGGUUUUCUUCUGGAAACACAAAGCUAAGUCAGUCAUCAUGGAUCAUACUGACUCCAAGAAAAAUGAGUUGAAGGUGGAGAAGGCUUUCAAGGUGUCUGAGACUUUCAAGUUGGUUGAACCCCCCAAGGAGGCUAAGGUCUCCAAGAUGGAUGUGUCCCCUAAGGUGGUUGACCCCUGCCUGUUAGCCAAGACCACCAUGGAUGGGGCUGCGGUGGAGGCGGGUCGCCGUCGGAGAUCACUGUUGCAGCUGCCCCAGGCGGCCGUCAAGUCCGUCUCCACGCUCAUGGCCUCCGCCCUGCAGUCUGGCUGGCAGAUGUGCAGCUGGAAGUCAUCUGUGAGUUCUACCUCAGUUGCCUCCCAGAUGAAGACCUGGUCCCCCCUGGAGUCGCGAGAGGCUGCGAUGCUGCGGGAAGUGUACCUGGUGCUUUGGGCCAUCCGGAAGCAGCUGCGGCAGCUGGCCCGCCGGCAGGAGAGACGGCGCCGGCGCCACCUCCGGGCCCACAUGGGCCCCCAGCCCGACCCAGCUCAGGGUCUGAAACAGGAUGCCCGGAGUCCCCUCUAGGGGGAACCCCACAUCCUCAGAAAGCCCCCACCUCACUCUUAGGUAAGGUUGAUGGGAGAGGUUAGAGCAGCAGGCCAGGAAUUGUGAGUGAGGAGAAGUUGUCACACUGUCACCUCCCAUCAAGACCUGAAGGCCUGGCUGGGGGGGGUCCCACAUACGCUCCCCUUCAUUCCUUUUAUUCAAUUUGUAAAAAGAAUUAUCAAAAUGUUGGGAAAUAAUAUCAGAUAUUUCCGAGUAGAUGUAGUGUGUUUGUGGGUGGCCAGAGGCCACGAGGGGAACCUGGGUGGGAUAUGAGAGGGCGGCCUGAGGCUCCAACCUGGACACGUGUGGGAGUCAUCUCUGGACCUGCUGGGGGGUUGCGGUGUGGCGGUGGAGGGGGGUCUGGCCCUGGGUCCACACGCUUCUCAGGGCCGAAGGCCUUUGGGGACUCUGUCCCGCCUGUCACGGUACCAGGUAUCGGCACCGGUUCAUUGAGGAUACGCUGGGAACCGGGUGCUGAGCCCGCGCUCUCCCUGGAAAUCCUGCAAGACUGACUGUUGCAGAUGCUACGGGGCUUGUCCAAGGCCCCUCGCUGAACGAGACCGCGCUGGAAUCUCCGCCUCCGCAGCCAGCCCACUGCUCUGCCUCUCCGGCCCUCCUGGGCCGGGCCCCAGCGAGGGUCAGGGUCCCGCACUUGACAGCCGCGGACACGCAUCAGGGCCGGCGGCCACCCCCUGACCCCGCUCCCGCCAAGAGCUACCGAAAACUACAUCUCCCAGGGUUCCCGGGGGCGAGGUGGGGCCGCCGCUGGGAGAGGGCCCGGCCCGGGCCCGCGGGGUCGCGGGCGGAGGGCUAAGCUGGAUGUCCACCUGGCUCCUCGGGACCAGCGGCGGGAGGAGUCCGCGGCGAUCUGACGCGAGGUUGAGGCGCGGGAGGCCACGCGAGCGAGGGGAGGCCGUGGAGGCCCAAGUCCCCUCUCCCUCCUUAGCUUGCCCUCUUGCCCGGCCACGCGAGGGCGCAGAGGUGGCUCCCCUAGUUAAAGCAGCGCAUUUUGCAAGGCGGCAAAAUUCAGGGAUGCUUCCUUGGUGGCUCAGACGGUAAAGAAUCCGCCUGCAAUGCGGGAGACCCGGGUUCGAUCCCUGGGUUGGGAAGAUUCCCCCUGGAGGAGGGCAUGGCAACCCACUCCAGUGCUCUUGCCUGGAGAAUCCCCAUGGACAGAGGAGCCUGGUGGGCUGAACUCCAUGGGGUCGCAGAGAGUCGGAUGCGACUGAGCCACUAAGCACAGAGUCCCCAGGCCUUGGAGGUCGAGGAAGGAGCAAGGGUUGGCGACCGCGACCAAGCCUAGGGGGCAGCAGAGGCCCGAGGAGCGGGGGAGGGACGGCUGUGAGGCAGCGUCUGGCUCAGCCGGAGGUUAGCUGUGAGUAGGAGGCGGCGGGCGUGAGCAAAGCUGGGAGCCGGAGAGGAGUCCCAGGAACGGUCUUCUGGAAGCACCGAAUUCAGUAAAAAAGUCAGCAAACUCCUCUUGCCCGCUCCCCACCCCCGGCAGCUCUGGCAAAGUUGGGCUCCUUGGCGGGGGACUGGGUGGCCUUUCCCCAAAGUCGGGAGCAACCCCGGGCUGCCCUGCCCUGUGUCCUGCAGCGCUGCUACCCUGAGCCUGUUAGCUGUGCACCACACCCCAACGUUUACAGCCCUGAUAAUGCCAGCCACCCCUUAUUAAACACCCACUGUGACUAUUUUUA